CCGGAAGUCACAAACACACAACUACACAAGACUUAGAAACAAAAUAUCCAUACAGCAGCAAUGGCAGGAAUAGUUUCAAGCGUCACAAAUGUUGAUUUUCUUAACGUCUCGAAGGCUUGUCCUCAGCCCACUUUCAAUCCUAAAGUAUCAAGCGUUAGCUUCACAUCCAGCUCUCGAUACUCUAAGGGUCGAAUUCAAGCCACUACUAGUGAAGAGAGUAAAGACUCGGGAGCCCAUGGAAUAAUAGAUGAAGCCGCAAAGAAUGCAAAUGCCAUGGUGGACAAGGCUAAAGAACUUGCAGAGGCAGGCGCCGCCCAGGCUGAAAGCAACGAAGCAAAGAAGAAGGAGUCGGAAGACAAGGUGUUGAAGGCGACAAAGGAUGCAGCGGAAUCAGCGGCCGAAGCUGCGGAGGAGACGGCGGGAGGUAUGUGGGAGGCGGCUAAGGGUACUGUGUUCCCUAAAGCUGAUGAGGAGAAGAAAUGAUGAGGAAAUUGGUUACUCUCUGUGGUUUGAAAUAGUUUGACACAUGUAUGUAUAUUCUUACUUUUAAUGGGAUAAAGACGGUUAAGAACGGGUCGGAACUAGAAAUUUAAAAUCAGAGAUUAAAAUGAAUAAAAAUAGAAACAUAU